CUCUACAUAGAGCAGACUAAGUGUCUACACAUUGUACCAAAAUGGACGGGAAGUUAACAGAUAAUGAUAUGGACCAGCUGGAGCAAUGGAUAGGUACAGGUCCUAAAACAUUUAAACUUCUCUACGCCAUUACAAGAGAUGGAUGUAUCCCGACAACGUUCCACCAGAAAUGUGACAAUCAGGGACCUACAGUCACAGUGUUGUAUAACCCACAAGGAUCAGUGUAUGGUGGUUAUGUACAAGUAAGCUGGAAUAGUAAUGAGCAAUGGAUGAACGACACUUCCGCUUUCCUUUAUCAGUUACGAUUUAAUGGGAAUGAAAAACCUAAUAAAUUUCCGAUAAAAUCUGGAAAUUCUCAGAAUGCUUUAUUCUGUAAUUCAUCUUACGGCCCAUUAUUUGGUUAUGGUAAUGACCUCAGGACCUUCCAAAACACAGUUAACAGCUCAGGUAUCUACUUUGCUCUCAAUGGUCAUAUGAACAUUGGGUAUUCCUACGACAAUAAAGGUGUUACUGCAGACCAAAUUAAUAAUGGUCACAUGAACGUCACCGAGUUAGAGGUUUAUAAAGUCGAAGAUGGGAAGAGGUCAAAACCUAUAAAGAAAGAGCAUUUGAAACCAUGGCGAAAGAUAAAAAGCUGGAAUGAACAGUUUUUAAAUGAGCUUACGGAGGAUAUUGUAUCAUUCAAACCAAUCCCUGACUUGAAAGUGACAGAUGCCCGGAUUUUGAUCAUUGGGCCAGUUGGUGCAGGAAAGUCGAGUUUUUUCAACACUAUCAAUUCGAUAUUUCGAGGUCGAAUUACUCAGAAGGCGCGGAGUGGUAGCGCAGAGCAAAGCCUUACGACUGCUUACACACAAUACAAGGUAAAGGUGAAGUCUGGGGCGCCACUGAACUUCCGGUUAUGUGACACACGUGGUUUAGAAGAAUCCCAGGGUCUGGAUGUAUUCGAGUGUAACUAUUUGCUGGAUGGGAACAUACCAAAUUAUUAUCAGUUCAAUCCAACCACUCAGAUAACACCAAAAACGCCUGGUUUCAUUGCAUGUCCUACCGCGGAUGACGUCAUACACUGUGCAGUUUUUGUUUUGGACGCCAGCACAUUGGAGAUAUUAACAUCUAAAAUCAUAGAAAAAAUGAAAGCAUUUCAAAAUAUAAUGAAUCAGAAAGGAAUACCACAAAUUAUUCUUCUUACGAAGGUAGAUAAACUCAGUAAAGAAGUCGAACAAGAUGUGUCUUUGGUCUUUAAGAGUCCGGAAGUGGAGGAACACGUGGGUAAAGCUUCACAACUUCUCGGACUUCCGCGCGCCAAUGUUCUUCCGAUAAAGAAUUACGAGAACGAAGAAGAGCUCGAUGAAAAUAUAAGCAUCCUGGCUUUGUUGGCUUUGCGCAAAAUUUUGAAUUUUGCAGAAGAUUUUAUGGACCAUAUGAUGGAUAAAAAAGAAGAAGAACAAAGGGGAACGGAAAAACUUAAAUCGGAAAAUUGAGAGACGGUUGACAUGUAUAGCUAGCUAACAUACAUGUUUAAAUCAAGAGAGAUUGUGAGUACAAUAAUCUGGGAACUUAAAACACUCAAGCUGAUACAAUAUACUCUCAGAGCAUCUACUACUUAAUCUACCAUUCAGAGUUUUGUGAACAAAUUGAACUGAUAUGAACCAUUUUAAGGAGACAAAAAUCUUGCAUUGAAUAUGCCCUUUGCAUGUUAUUGUUAUGAAAUCUGUUAAUAGUAACAAAUUACUGAUAAGAGAUACAGGUAACUUUCGGAUGGUUGGCAAAAUAUGGUGGCUGAUAAAAUGCAAAAUAUAGUAAUUUCACGAGUAUAUUUAUAAUAACAAACUUAUUUUUCAUGAAACAGCUUAGUAUUUUAUAUCAUUAGAAUGGUCAUUUUACUCAUAUUUUAUUAUUUAUACAUUAAAAAAUAAAUUAACAAAUAAAUUUUCAUUUUUUCUUGGUAAAGAAAUAAACUUAGUGCUAGAAAACUAUUGAAAUAACAGUUGAAAAAUAGCUGAGCUUUCCUUUUUUAAAGCAAAAAAUGAUAAACCGCUUUUAUUUAAAAAUAUGAAUGUAAAGAACUUUCAAAUGGUAUAAGAAUCUAAAAAAUCGAUCCACAAAUAAAAAAGUUAUUAGAAUUUAAAAAUUCUGCUGCUAUAUAAUGUUUAUCAACAUUGGUUCUUCUUGGCAACCGGUAAAUCUGCUAAAUUCUGGUAGCAGGUGCUUGUGAUGUCAUCGUGCAAUGGGCCUAUACGAACAUUAAGAUUUUUUAACCACUCCUAGCACAUAAUUAAGGUUCUUAAUAAACGACCAUAACUUAUUUUUUUUAAGAACUUGCUUCAUUUACUACUUUCAUCAUGAUUUGUAAUUUAAUGGUACUCUAUAUAACAUAUUCAUGUACAAGCUAUUUACAGACAUUGUGUAAUAAGUACAUGUAUUUUAGCCUACUAUAUUCUUCUUUCUGACCUUGUAUAUCUAAAAAUAGUUAUAUUAGUUUAAUAGUAUAAUUAAAUAGAUGUCAGACCUUCCCAUAUGUAUAUUAAAGCUGUAUUUCGUUUAA